UGCAGAGCGCACACAGUACAGUAGUCUAGUCACACACCACUUUUUGACAGUUCCAUAGAGAAAAUGGCGAGCACUGAGCCAGAGCACGAGCACCGCGAAGAAGAUGCGGAAGUCCACGAAGCUGAGGACACCGGAGCUCAAGUAGCUCCGAUCGUCAGGCUCGAGGAAGUUGCGGUCACAACCGGCGAGGAAGACGAAGACGCCGUCCUUGAUCUGCGCCAAUCACCUCAUGGGAAUGAAAAGUCGUGUUUAUGGCACGCUACCGAUUUUUACGGCGAGUUGAAGGAUGAACUCUUCUGCAUUAGAUUUGCGUCUAUUGAGAAUUGCAAAACGUUUAUGGAGAAGUUCACUGAAAUAGCUGAAAGCCAGCAAGUAGGGCAAAGAUAGCAAGAUGAUGGGGACGAAGCUGCUGGUUUACUUGAGAAUCUCUCGGCUGUUGAUAAAAAAACUGAAGAAAAGACCAAAGAAAAAGGAGAAGGAGAAAGCCCUGCAAAGGAAGAGAGAGAAACAAACAAGGAAGAAGAAGAAGAGAAGAAAACGGACGUGAACACCUGAUCACAUUACGUCACAAUGAUUACUCUAUUAUCAUAUAAUAUAUGCUCUGGCAUCGAACAUGAUGGUUGCUUUAAAAGGAGUCAUUCCUUUGUCAUCUCUAAAAGUUUGACUCUUUGCCCUCUG